AGUCAUUCCUCCCAACAGUUCUUGCUCCGCAAAUUCUCAAUCCAGCAACACACCUAGAAGGUGACAAGAAGAAAAAACCCUGAUGAGCAAUGGUUAUCCUGCGGCAGGGAGAACAUGUGUGGCUGGAAGCUUCUUCAUCAUCUCAAAGCAAAGUACCCAUUGGAGCCGUGGUGAAGAAUUCUCAUGGAACAGAGACAUUGGUAGUUGACGAUGAUGGCAAGGAACACUGGAUCUCUGCGAGAAAUAUUAGCAGUGUACACCCAAUGCACCCAAGUUUGGCCCAUGGAGUUGAAGACAUGAUCAGGCUGGGGGAACUUAAUGAAGCUGGCAUUGUACAUAACAUCCACAUCCGAUAUAAAGAAAAUAACAUCUAUACAUAUACUGGGUCCAUUUUGGUGGCUGUGAAUCCAUAUCAGGAGCUUCCUCUGUAUGACACAGAGCAGCUUGAGAUGUACAGAAAUCGGCGCAUUGGAGAGCUUCCCCCUCACAUCUUUGCUCUGGGAGACACUUGCUUUUUCAACAUGCAAAGGACCAACACAGACCAGUGCUGUGUCAUCAGUGGUGAGUCUGGAGCUGGAAAGACUGAGAGCACCAAACUGAUGUUGCAGUUCCUGGCCUCGGCGAGUGGACAACAUUCUUGGAUUGAGCAGCAGAUUCUAGAAGCCAAUCCAAUUAUGGAAGCUUUUGGUAAUGCCAAGACCAUCCGUAAUGACAAUUCCAGUCGUUUUGGAAAGUACAUUGAAAUUCACUUUUCAAAUAAGCAUGUGAUCGAGGGAGCCCGCAUUGAGCAGUUUCUUCUGGAGAAGUCACGAGUGUGCAGACAGUCCCCUGGUGAAAGAAACUACCACAUUUUCUACUGUAUGCUGUUAGGAAUGGGGUCGGAGCAAAAGAAACAGCUGAACCUGGAAAGUCCUUCGGAUUACAAAUACCUAACUAUGGGAAACUGCACAAACUGUGAUGGCCGUGAUGACCACAAGGCCUUCUCCCAGAUUCGUACCGCAAUGAAGAUCCUUCUGUUGUCGGAGAUAGAACAGCAGGAAAUUUUUAAAAUGCUUGCAGCUAUUCUCCACUUGGGAAACCUGAAAUUCAAAGCUGCCAUGUGUGGAAAUCUUGAAUGUUGUGAUGUUCCUGAGUCCAUUCACUUGUCUACAGUAGCUACUUUGCUUGAGGUGGAUUCUGCUCAGUUAACAAACUGUCUCUCUAAUCAUACGAUAAUUGUCCGUGGGGAGAGUGUGUCUAAGCCCCUGAGCUGCACACAGGCAUCUGAUAGCAGGGAUGCAUUCGUAAAGGGCAUAUAUGGUCGCUUGUUUAUGUGGAUAGUAAAUAAAAUAAACAAAGCUAUAUUCACACCUGAUUCAGAGAAUGGGCGCAGGUCUGUUGGUCUACUAGACAUAUUUGGAUUUGAACAUUUCGAUACUAACAGUUUUGAACAACUCUGUAUAAAUUUUGCAAAUGAGCAUCUACAACAAUUUUUUGUGCGUCAUAUCUUCAAGCUUGAGCAGGAGGAAUAUAAUGCAGAGCAGAUUCCAUGGGAACACAUAGAUUUUUCUGACAACCAGCGUACAUUAGAUGUCAUUGCCCUGCGACCCUUGAACAUUAUUUCACUUAUUGAUGAGGAGAGCAAAUUUCCACAGGGCACUGAUGCCACCAUGUUGGUGAAACUAAAUAAUGUCCACAGUAAAACCAAUGUUUACAUUGCUUCAAAGAGUGUGCAUGAUACCAAGUUUGGCAUUAACCAUUAUGCAGGGAUUGUCUACUAUGAAACUGAAGGGUUUUUGGACAAGAACCGUGACCUUCUGAGUACAGAUAUAAUGCUUAUGAUCCAUACCUCAAGCAACUAUUUCCUCAAGCAGGUCUUCCAAAUGGAAAAAAUCACAAAAUCAUCAGGCUCUGUAACUUACAGACACAUUAUAAAUAGCUACUCACAAAAGACUGCAGACACCAAUAGGUCUCUGCCCACUCUGGGGGGACAGUUCAAACAGUCUCUGGAACAGCUGAUGAAAAUCUUAGAAAGCUGCCAACCUUAUUUCAUCCGGUGCAUCAAACCUAACGAAUUUAAGAAGCCAAAGAUGUUUGAUCGAGAACUGUGCAUCCGGCAGCUGCAAUACUCUGGAAUGAUGGAGACCAUAAGGAUCCGAAAAGCGGGAUACCCAAUCCGAUAUAGUUUUUCUGAAUUUUUCCAGAGAUAUCGAGUUCUGCUUCCAAUACAGUCUCCCUAUCGCAAAAAGGAAAACUUUCGGGAAGGUUGUAUUGACAUUGCCAAAUCAGUGAUCGGAAAACAUGAAGACUGGAAAGUAGGAAAGACCAAACUCUUCUUAAAAGAUAAUCAUGACACUAAACUAGAGGUAGAACGAGAUAAAGCCAUAACUGCCAGCGCUAUAAGGAUCCAAAAGGUUGUAAGGGGGUAUAAAGACAGAAAGCGGUUUCUCAGACAGAGAGAGGCUGCCAUAAAAAUUCAGUCAGCCUGGAAAAGUUAUUACUGCAGAAAAACCUUUCAGAAGAUGCUACAUGGUUUUCAAAGGCUGCAGGCAAUUAUAAGAAGCCGGCCAGUUCAAAUGCAGUAUAAGAAAAAACGUGAGGUCAUCAUUCAGCUGCAAGGUUUAAGUCGGGGGUACUUACUGCGCAAGAAGAUAGCAAAAAGGAAGAAUGCUGUCCUGGUGCUUCAGACAUAUACUAGGGGCAUGCUGGCUCGUAAGGAAUACAGGAGGAUGAAGAGAAAUGAGUACCCAAGCCAACAAGACUGGGAGGAGGCAGAAAAACGUAAAGAGAUGCAAAAAGCUCUUCUCUUGCAACAAGAAAAAGAGAAUUUAGAGAUGGUGGAGCAAGUCUUUGGUUUUUUACCUGCUAUGGACAUGGAUACUUCUCCAUUUUCAGAUGAGAUAGACCUGGACACACUGCUGUAUGAACCAGAUAAAGAAGAAGAAUAUACCUUUCCUAAGUUUGCUGCUACUUAUUUCCAAGGUUCAGCCACAGACACACACAUAAGAAAGGCAUUGCAACAGCCCCUACUGUACCAUGAAGACAAGAAUGAUGUAUUAGCUUCUUUGGCUGUUUGGAAGAUUAUUCUUCGUUUUAUGGGGGAGCUUCCAGAACCUGCACUCUACACGCCAAACUCCAGCAGUGAAAGAAGUUCUGUGUUAACACAAAUCUAUGACACUUUGACCAGGAAAAACAAUAUUACCGCUGGAAUCAAAGAUAAUGUACCAAAAGUUAACAAGAAGGGAAAAGGAAAGGAAAUUUCUUCUAUGAAACUAAAAAGAGCAUCAAAACUGGCAGGGCAGGUAUCUAGGCAGCUCAGCAAUGGAGAAGAGAUUAUGCUGGAAGAAAGCUCUAUCAUUGAUAAACCUAUGUCUAACCUAGAAAAAAUACAUUUUAUUGCUGGCAACGGAAUCCUGCGCCCAGAGAUUAGGGAUGAAAUCUAUUGCCAAAUCUGCAAGCAACUGUCUGGAAACAAUAACAAGACCAGCGUUGCCCGGGGCUGGAUUCUGCUGGCACUCUGCUUGGGCUGCUUUCCUCCUUCAGACAAGUUUCUCAGGUAUCUACAGAACUUUAUCAGAACAUCACAGAUUGCAUAUAACGCCAUUUGCAUAAAACGGCUGAAUCGAACCCUACAGAAUGGAGUGAGGUCAGAGCCUCCUAGCUGGCUUGAGCUACAGGCCAUAAAGGGAGUGGGAUCCUUUUCUGUGCCAGUAACGCUUAUGACAGGUCAUUCUAUGAACAUCCAAACUGACUCUGCAACCAACGCUCGAGAGAUGUGUAAGGUCAUUGCCCAGAAACUGCAGCUUAAAGAUACCUUUGGAUUUUCAGUCUACAUCUCAGUUUAUAACAAGGUAUGGUCAUUGGGCUUUGGGUCUGAACACCUAAUGGAUGGAAUCUCACAGUGUGAGCAAUUGGCAAAGGAGCAGGGGGAGCAGGAGAGGCAUUCCCCUUGGCGUCUGAACUUUCGCAAGGAAAUCUUCACACCUUGGCACGACUCUUCCACAGACUCUGUAAGCACAGAGCUUAUAUACUGCCAAGUCAUCCGUGGCUUAUGUUUUGGGGAAUACCGCUGUGACAAGGAGCAGGAACUUGCAGAGCUAAUGUUAAAGCAUCAUUACAUUAAAUAUGGAGAGGUGUUAACAGAUCAGCAUGUGGAGAGUGUUAUGCAGGAUUGCGUGCCUCCCAAACAGCUGGAAACCAAGCAAAUGUCACACUGGCUAAGUCUUCUAAAGGAAAGGCAAGCUGUGGCUCAGUAUGUGAAGGAGAAGCACCCAGCCUUACAAGUGAAGGAAGCCUUUGUAGAGUACUCCCGACUGCAAUGGCCACUUCUAUUUUCAAAGUUCUUUGAAGCCUCUAAAUUUACAGGGCCAAGCAUUAGCAGGAAUCACUUCAUUGUUGCAAUAAACUGGAAAGAAAUAAACUUCUUGGAUGAAAAAGAGAAAAGGCUUUUGCAACUGUCAUUUCCUGAAUUAAUUGGGAUCCGUACAAAGAGAGCUGAGAAAACCUUUGGCCAGUGCUGUAUUUUAAAUACACUGCGUGGAGAGGAAUUUGUCCUGACUUCACAACACAGUGAUGAAAUAGCUCAUCUUCUCCUUUACUUUUUGGAUGAACUGAAGGCCAGAUCUCAUUAUGCAGUGGCUCUGCAAGACAGCUCUCAUACAGUGAAGGAAUCAUUGAGUUCUACUAAGAAAGCACAAACAGAUGAACCUGAUCUUCUGAGUUUCCGCAGUGGUGAUGUGCUACUGCUUGACAGAAGCCCCGAGCUCCAGCUGAGGGCCAACUGGAUCUUUGCCAAGAAUGAAAGGACAGGGAAAACUGGAGCUGUCUCACUGAGCUCCAUUCAUAUCAUACCAACCCUCAGCACACCUUCAAGUGAGAUAUUGAGGCUGAUUGUGAUGUCCCCAGAGGAGCGCAAGUCAGAAUUCUAUAAUGCUCUGGUGGAAGACUUUGAGAAGCAGGAGGAGGUGAAACCAUACACCCUGGAAGAAUUCUCCCUGCAUCACUUCAGGAAUCCAGACCCUGAGUCUUUGUCGAGGGCUGUACUACAAAGAUCCCGUGGAAAGACACACCUGUGGGCCUAUUCUAGAGAACCAUUAAGGCAGCCACUGCUCAGGAAAGUGUGUGAGAUAUCAGAUCUACGUGAUUAUGCCUGCACAGCAUUUACUGCUAUCAUGAAAUAUAUGGGGGAUUACCCCUCAAAACAGACUCACUCCCCUGUGGAACUCACUGAUCAGAUUUUCUCUGGACCCAUCAAAGAAGAGGCUCUCCGGGAUGAAAUCUAUUGCCAGAUCUUAAAGCAAAUGACUGGAAACAGCAAAAGCUACAGUGUCAAUAGUGGAUGGCAAUUACUUUGGCUCUGUACUGGACUGUUCCCUCCUACUAAAUUGUUGUUGGUCCAUGUUAAAAAAUUCAUUGAAAACCGUCAGAAAGAACCGUUGGCUAAAGCGUCUCUCCGGAGGAUCCUCAGAGUGCAACAGUAUGGUGCCAGGAAGCAGCCCCCUCACCUUGUUGAGGUAGAAGCCAUACAGCAGAUGAGCACAAAGAUCUACCACAAGGUUUACUUUCCCAAUGGGAAAGAAGAGACGUUUGAAGUUGGAACAAAUACCAAAGUACGCGAAUUGUGCCAGAAUAUCUCCAGUAAGCUACAGCUUACCUCUUGGGAAGGAUUUAGCUUGUUUCUGAAGAUAGGAGACAAGGUGAUCAGUCAGAACGAGCAAGAUUAUUUCUACGAUUCUCUAAGGCAACUUAAUGACUUUAUAAGAAAGACUCGUCCAACAGCAGGAACACCAGCCUUUGCCAGUUUUCAGUUGUAUUUUAUGCGAAAGCUGUGGAUAAAUGUCCAGCCUGGAAAGGACAUUAAAGCAGACUGUAUCUUUCACUAUCACCAGGAAGUCCCCAAAUAUAUGCGUGGCUAUAAUUUGUGCUCAGUGGAAGAUGCAGUGAAUUUGGCUGGUCUGAUGUACAAAGUGCAGUACAACAAUGACCGUACUCAUCUCGCCACACUCAACAAAAAUGUCCGGGAUCUUGUUCCAGAGUAUUUGCUGCGCCUUAGUACCCCUGAAGAAUGGAAAAAGAAUAUCAUUGCUGCUUAUAACAAACACGAGGCUAAAACAGUAGAUGAAGCUAAAGUGGCUUUUCUGAGGCAAAUUUGCCGUUGGCCAACGUUUGGGUCUGCCUUCUUCGAGGUCAAGCAAUCCUCUGAGCCCUCAUACCCUGACAUUGUGCUGAUUGCUAUCAACAAGCAUGGAGUCUCACUGUUUCAUCCCAAGACAAAGGAGCUGCUGAUCACCCAUCCCUUCAACAAAAUCUCUCGCUGGAACAGUGGCAAUACGUAUUUCCAGAUGACAACAGGAAGCCUUGUGCGUGACAACAAGAUCUUGUGCGAGACAUCGUUGGGAUAUAAAAUGGACGACCUGCUGACAUCUUACAUCCAUUAUAUCAUGUCUAAACACCAAAAGAACGCAUGAAGAGCAUGAAGGGUCUUACUGCCUCCACUGCUGCUGAAUAUUCCAGUACCUUUCAGCCAUCACAGAUUUUUCCAGCCUUACAUUUAAAGAUGUCAGCCCAUCUGUGCCUCUUUCUAUUAAAGGAGCGUCAUUCUAUGCACCUUAACUCUCCAACCCCAACAAGAUGGCUGUUCAGCUUGCUAUGCAUUACAAUUGCCAAGAGUCUUCAUAACAACCUGUACUGCAGCAUCAGCAGGCUGAACAGUAUAUUUACCUUGUGAGGUUCCGGAACAGCCUCAGCACUCUCUGCCGCUUAGGUUUCAAUGCAAACUGGACUUGUUCUGCUCUUCUCCUGGCCUGCCUCAAGCAGCAGAGCAAGGGCAUCACUCCUUUAUUAGCACACGUCUAGAGGCCUCCAUAACAUAUCUAUGCUGGAAAAUAUAUAUAUAUAUACACACACACAUCAGUGUUUCUAUCUUGGCAGCGUAACCCUACUAUCUUAUGAUGUUCAGAAUGAGUCUUUGCUGAGGAUGUGUAGCGCAUUACUCCUACAUCGCCAUGGUGCCAGGAUCCUACAGGCUCACACAGUCAGUUAGUCAGUUACAUUGGCAUUACAGAGACCACCUUUGUGCCUGAUGUGUUGUCAGACUGAAAUUACUCCAUUAUUUAUGGUUGAACUUGAUGGACGUAUGUCUUUUUUCAACCCAACUUACUAUGUUACUAUGUUAUGUACUCUGUGCCUUUUUCUCUAAGUAUAUGAAAGCUACCGGCCCAUAAAUUGUACGGCACCACAAGUCUUGUCCUGUUGUUCCUGGAGUAGAAGGGCUGUUUUUGUUAAAGCUCAGGGAAGGGAGGGGGUGACAAAUGUGCAGCCCUGCAGCUAUGGAUGAAUGUCCAUAAUUCCCAGCCAGCCUGCUAGCCCUGGAUUCCUCAUAUAGUCACUGCCUUGUCUCGCACUCAGAGACAGAUAUGAAUGGAAUGUGCAUUGUGUCUUGUUAAGUUAAUAUCUUUCAUAUAAUUCCGCAGAGUUCUGUCCAUGCUCAGUACUGAAGCGGCUCUGCUCUAUUCUAAAUCUAGAUGUUGCUAAAUGUGUGAUAUGGUUUCUUAAUAUUCUAAUAAAUUUUGUUUUAAAUCUGCA